UGUUGGCUUUCACGUGGCCAUCCUAGCUAGCGUUUACUCCCACCAUCGUAUGUUUUCAUUAUCUCUCUCGUUUCAACUCAAGUUAAAAAUAAAAACUCUCUUCAACCAAAAAGAAAAAGAACUAAAUAAAAGUAGCUGUGGAAAAUAAAGAAGAUCUAAAUCCAAUCUCAUCUGUAAUCUUCUGAUUCACUCUCAGACAAUGCUCUGCUAUGUCGGAAAAGCCACCAAGAUUUUUAUUUUCAUCGUCACCGUUGUUGUAGUCAUUGGUCUCGUCGUAGGCUUGGGUGUCUUCCGUCGUCACUCACACCACUGCUCCGGCGACUAUUGCUCGUCUCCCACCGAUUCAUCUUCUUCUUCUUCUUCCUCCCCUUUCAUAACUCCGUUUCCUAAUCCUACCCCGAACCCGAACCCGCCCGUGCUCGGAUCUUCCCCACCGGCCCCACCCGGCUCAUCAUCACCAAACCCAUCUGUUCCAAUCACCCCUACUCCGCCGGCGCCGAUCGUAAACCCGAAUUCGCCUCCGCCUCCGUCUAAUCUGAAUCCUCCGCCGCAAUUUUCUCCUCCUCCGCCGGAUUCAGAUACAACCACCGCACCUCCUCCACCUGCAUCGCAGACAUCAAUGCCGCCGCCACCUCCAGCGGAAGAAUCGGCAUCACCGCCGUUAAAUCCGCCGAGCUCCGUAGUCAAUACUCCCGCUCCAGUGCAUGCGAAGCUGGUCAACGACUAGAGUAGACCAUACAUUUGUAAAUUCGACAUCUUUCUAUCACUUUCCAGUUCUUGAACUUGAUUCGUUUGUUUGUUUGUUUUUUUUCCUAAUUAGAUCAAAUGUUCUAAUCUUUAAAUCAAGGCGAAACUUUAAUCUCA